AAAGAAGAAGGUGGAGCCAGGAGGAAAGGAACAAAGUCUGUUGGGAAUCAAGUGUGUGUGUCUGAGCAGAGAUCUGUGUCUGCACAAAACAUGGCAGGAUUCAGGGUACGAGCUGCACAGCCGGGGGAUUGUGAAGGAAUCAUGCGAUUGAUUAAGGAGUUAGCGGAAUAUGAGAAGCUAUCAGAUCAAGUAAAGAUUGGUGCAGAGGAUCUUUGUCGAGAUGGCUUUAAGGAAUCUUCACCAUUCUUUCGAUGCCUGGUGGCCGAAACUGUGGAGGGAGAUCAAGGAGACGCUGGAUCAAUGCUAGUUGGCUAUGCUCUGUCCUAUUAUACUUACAGUACCUGGAAGGGGAGGUCUCUUUAUCUGGAAGAUAUAUAUGUCAUGCCGGAACAUAGAGGUAAAGGAAUUGGAUCCAAGCUCUUGGCAGCUGUUGCUGAGACCUGCUUAUCUCUUGGCUGUUCACACCUCCAGUUCAGUGUCUUGGACUGGAACCAACCUGCUAUUUCGUUCUACCUUUCCCGUGGUGCCUGUGACCUCUCUCAGAAGGAAGGAUGGCACUUAUUCAGGAUCUUCCCAGAUGACUUACGCCGGAUGACCUCAAAUGUCACACGUCCAACCUCAGACCCUGCUGACUCUUGACCUUUAUUCCUUUCUACUCUUUUGUAAAACCUAUUGGGACCUCUUGUGAUCCCUGAUUAUAAGUUACAUGAAGUUAUCCUUGUAUAAAUUAACAAUAAAAAAUGUUAGCUCUUC